UGGCAACCCAACUCUGAAUAACUAGAGUCCGGCCUGGCGCUCGGCAGUAGCAGCUCCGCUACUGUUACAACAACAAUAAGGAAAAACAUUGAUGUACACUUUGCUUCGCGAUAAUGUCGGCAAGUGACAACGACUCUGAUGUGAAUAGAUCAGACUCCCCAGUUCAUCACAGAAAAAAGCACAGCAUGGAGUCAUCUAAAGCUCCCAGAAGUUCCAAACACCACCAUUUACGGUCAAGGUCACGCUCCAGGGAUCGAAAACGGGACAGAAAAUACAGACGAAGUCGCAGCAGAAGUAAAGAGGCACGAAAGAGGGACUCUGAGAAGGCAUCAAAAUCCCACAGAAAAUUAGAGGAGCAGCAAGAGCGACUUUCAACAGAGAAUGGAGAGGAGCGAUCCAGGCGCAAGGAAAGGAAUUCAUCAAGGGGCCGAAGCUUGUCCAGGUCACACUCUAGAGAGAGGCAGCACCACAGCAAAAGUAAGGACAAACGGCGGUCAAAAUCGCGCAGCCGGGACAGGAAGAAGAAGGCUCGGUCUCGCUCAGGUUCACGGACCAAACAUCGUCAUCAUAGCAAAAGUCGCAGCAAGAGCAGGGACAGGAAGAAGAGAACUGAGAAAAUACACAGAAAGAGCCGAAGCAGAUCCGCUAGUCCACCUGUCUUCCGUGGCCGAAACACAGCUAUGGAUGCCCAAGAAGCACUGGCCCGAAGGUUAGAGAGAGCCAAAAAAUUACAAGAACAGAAAGAGAAGGAAAUGUUUGAGAAACAGCAGCAGCAACAGCAGGAUAUGGCUGCAGCUGUGACUGCCCCCAUUGCUGCUGCUGCUGCAGCAGUGGCUGCCCCCUCGAACCCUGCCAUCAAUGUGGCAGCCCUCCUGGCUUCUGGGACACAGGUCACACCUCAGAUUGCCAUGGCAGCACAAAUGGCAGCCCUUCAGGCCAAAACUCUGGCGGAGACUGGUAUUGGCGUUCCCAGCUAUUACAACCCAUCAGCUGUAAACCCAAUGAGAUUUGCAGAACAGGAGAAAAAAAGGAAAAUGCUAUGGCAAGGAAAGAAGGAGGGGGACAACAAGUCCCAAACAGCUGAGCUGUGGGAGAAACUAAACUUUGGAAACAAGGACCAAAAUGUUAAAUUUCGCAAAUUAAUGGGUAUUAAGGGCGAAGAUGAAGCAGAAGCUUCCAAACCACUUAACGACGAUGGCCUGAAGACUCUUCAGCAGCAGGAGGAGGUGUUCAGGAACCUUGAUGUGCAGUAUGAGAUGGCUCGGUCUCAGACACACACCCAGAGGGGAAUGGGCCUCGGGUUUGGGUCAUCAUUCUCUCGAGGAAUGGACUCGAUCUAGUGCCAAACCCUGGUUGUCGGCGUCGCUCAUUUGAUCAUACAAGACCACCAGUUCAUCGCUAGCCCUCAAGCUUGCAUGGAUGUUGUAAUUUAUUUGUAGACAGAUGUCUCAUAUACUGUAACAUUAUAAUGUAAAUAGCAAGACGCUGAGUUUGUCUCAGUGUUUAUUAAUCUGUACAUCAUCGGAAAAGGAAGCAGCAUAUUGACUUGUUGAUGCUGGACAAAGUAGAUAUCCGUUUUCAAUAAUGUGGUAGCUUUUAUUUUAUUAUUCAAACAUAUUGAAGCGGGAUUGACCAUAAUAUGAAUACGAUGUGGUUAAACUGGACGCUGUUUACAUCAAUUUAGAAAAAGCCAUCAAAGGUCAAUGUAGCGUCAGAAUACUAAAUUUUUUUUCCCCCAAUUCUCAUUCAGGAAAAAUACAACAGGUUGUAAUAAAUACCAUCUCCAGCAUUUGCCGUGGAUAAAGGUGAUGUUGACCGGAGCAAUGGACUUUUUCAGAUGUUCUUGAAUUAAAAAGCUUUGUGUUGAAAAAGGCUUGUUGGCAACUUUUUUUUCAGUUUUUGAAGUUGGUAUACUGUGAAAAAUGUUGGAUUUUCAUAAAACUUUUUACUAUUUUUAUUGAAGGUAUUACAAUGAAAAUGUUUUUACGCCGAUUUCUUUCCUAUUAAUCUGAUUGUGAUGCAACUAUCACAUUUCAAAAAGGUUAGGACAGAGACAUUGUAACACAGCUGAAGGACUUCAGAAUAAGACCAACUUCAUGUGCCUCAUUUGUUUUCAGUGGGAACACAUUGUGCUGCAGGCAGGCCACUGUAGCAUAUGGAUCUUUAUUAUAAAGUUAUUAUUUCUUUUUUUUUUUUUUUACAAAAUCACGUUCAGUAUUUUGCU